UUUUAGAUUCUUUGUUUCCUUUCUUGUGUGAUGAAAUCACAUCACUCAUUUUUGCCCUUCUGUUUCUUCUGUUUCUGUUUUCUCGCUCAGUGCCUGCAAGGACUGGAUUUUCUUCAUGCAAACAAUGUGAUCCAUCGAGACGUGAAGAGUGACAACAUCCUUCUCAGAACGGACGGUUCUGUCAAACUGGCUGAUUUUGGCCUCGCUACUCAGCUCACCCCUGAGCAGAGCAGACGGUGCUCGGUAACCGGGACUCCUUGGUGGAUGGCGCCUGAAGUGGUGACAGGUCAACCAUAUGGCCCCAAAGUGGACAUAUGGUCUUUUGGAAUUGUGGGAAUUGAAAUGAUAGAACAAGAACCUCCUUACUUGGGCGAAAGUUCUGGCACGGCUACAUACCUGAUAGCCACAGUAGGGACUCCACAGCUGCGGCAGCCCAAGCUCCUCUCGGCUUUGCUGCGUGACUUCCUGAGCUGCUGCCUGCAGACAGACGAGGAGCAGCGCUGGUCUGCCAAGGAGCUCCUGCAGCAUCCAUUUGUAACCUCAGCCAAGCCACCAUUCAUCCUGGCACAAGUCAUCAACUCAGUGAAGAAGACGAAUAACCCUAACCCUAAACUCUAAACCUAAAACCUAACCCUAAUCUUAAA